AUGGCCACGCUAGACGCCCUGCCCGCUGGUAGUGACCUGCCCUACCCCAGCCUGGAGAACUUCCACCCUUUUUUUCCACCCCAUCCCUCCCGCGGCGGCGCCAUGGGGAGCGUGGGCAGCGGCGUGGCCAACGACCAGGAGUUUGCCAUGAAGAGCGUGGGGACGCGGACGCAGGGCAGCGGCGGCCGGCAGCCCGAAGGUUCCCGCAACGGCUUCUCCAGCCGGGACGUCCCCAGCCGUUACUCCGGCGAGGAGAAGACCUACAGGACAGAGAAAGUCUCCAAUUCCCUCUACAUCAACGGCGACCUGCGCAAGAGCGACAAGGUGAAGGUGGACAUCUGUGGGAACGUCACCACCAGCAACGAGAAGAACCUGCCGCCUCCCCCCCAGUACCGGGAGCCCAGUAACCCACCAAAGAUCUUGCCCAUCUCCGGCAAACUAGACCAGAGCAAUGAGCCCUUAGUUAGACCCUCAGCCUUUAAACCAGUAGUUCCUAAAAACUUCCAUUCCAUGCAGAACCUCUGCCUGCCACAGAGCAACGGGGUGACAGAGAACAGGAAGAGCUUGAACCACGCCAACAGCAAUAGCCCGUCCGCCCCCAAAAGCGGGCUGGAGAAGAGCAGCCUUAACAGGACUACCAACCCAGGGGGUGGCCUCUCAGAUUCGGGCCGUAACUCGUUGACCAGCCUGCCCACCUACGGGACGGGCUACAGCCAGCACGUGGGGCCCAUGAGCGCCUCCACCAGCCACAUCAACCGCAUCGGGACGAGCUACGCGGAGAAGAGCAUCGCGGGCUACAACGGGAUAUCUACCUCAGACAGCGGGCGCUCCUCCAGCAAGAGCACCUCCUCCUUCAGCAGGCUGAACCACCUCAACGAGACCCUGCCUUUCCACUCGCCUUCCACCGACGACAUCAUCCAGGACCUGGAAGACCGGCUGUGGGAGAAGGAGCAGGAGGUGCUGCAGAUGAGGAGGAACCUGGACAAGAGCGAGGCGGCGAUCUUCCAGGUGUUUGAGGAGAAGCAGAAGAUCUGGGAGAGGGAGAUGGAGGACCUGAGGCAGAACUAUGCCAACAAGUUGCAGCAGGUCUCCAAAAAGGCGCAGCGGGCUCAGCAGGCCUUGCAGCUCCAGAUCUUCAAGCUCCAGCAAGAGAAAAAGAAGCUCCAAGAUGACAUGGGGCAGCUCCUGCAGCAACGGGAGGAGCUGGAGAAGAAGUUCGUGGCUUUCAAGAAGGAACAGGCUGAGUUUCUCCCCAAGAUAGAAGAGACCAAGUGGGAGGUGUGCCAGAAGGCGGGCGAGAUCUCCCUGCUCAAGCAGCAGCUGAAGGACUCCCAGGCAGACGUCUCCCAGAAGCUGAACGAGAUCGUGGGGCUGAGGACGCAGCUGAAGGAAGGCAAGAACUUCCUGAGGGAGAAGGAGGAGCAGAUCCUCACCCUGAAGGACUCCUACAGCUCCAAGAGCGUCAACCUGGAGAUCUGCGAGGGCGAGCUGCAGCGGAAGAUGGGCGAGGUGCAGGUGCUGAGGGAGAAACUGAACCACUGUGAGCUGGAGGUGUCCAGCCUGAAGCGGACGAUUGCCAGCAUGGGACCUGGGGGUCCUUUUGGUGGGGAGCUGGGUGAGAAGCUGAGGGACCCCCUGGCCUGCGAGAGCGACGAAGCCAAGAUGCAGCGGCAGAGCGAGGACGGCGCGAGCGCGCUGCGGAAGGAGGUGGAGAGGCUGCAGGUGGAGCUGAAGCUGGUGAGGCAGCAGCGGGAGCAGCAGGUGAUGGACUUCGAGGAGGAGAGGCGCACGUGGCAGGAGGAGAAGGAGAAAGUCAUCAAGUACCAGAAGCAGCUGCAGCUGAACUACGUGGAGAUGUACCAGAAGAACCAGCUCCUGGAACACAAGGUGAACGAGAUGAACACCAAGGCCACCAGCCCCCCGCACACCGAGGAGAAAAAGACAUGGACCCCCUCCAGGCUGGAGCGAAUAGAGUCCACCGAGAUCUGA